AGUUCAAUGCACUAACAUAACGUUGCAAAAUUUUGUUGGUGUUCGUCGCAUUUUGCAGAUAAUAUUUCAGCAUUUUGCGGACAAAUCCUGCUAUAAUUUGUUUGUACCAUAUAAUUAUGGUGUUUGUGUGGAACUGUAUAUAAAAUAAAGAAGAUUUUUUGAAGAAUCAUUGUAACAAAUCUUAGGUUGGGACUUUGACAGAUUCUAAUAUAAUGGCUGCAACGAGGAGACUACAGAAGGAACUGAAUGAUAUUAGGCAAUCAGGCCUAAAGUCCUUUAGGGACAUACAAGUGGAUGAAUCCAAUAUUCUUACAUGGCAAGGAUUAAUUGUUCCUGACAAUCCUCCUUACAACAAGGGUGCUUUCCGCAUUGAGAUUAACUUCCCCGCAGAGUAUCCAUUCAAGCCUCCUAAGAUUAGUUUCAAAACAAAGAUUUAUCAUCCUAAUAUUGAUGAGAAAGGUCAAGUGUGCCUGCCAAUUAUUAGUGCUGAAAACUGGAAACCUGCCACCAAGACUGAUCAAGUUAUUCAAGCUCUAGUGGCCCUUGUCAACGACCCUGAGCCUGAACACCCAUUGCGUGCAGAACUUGCUGAGGAGUUCCUUAAAGACAGGAAGAAGUUCACAAAAAAUGCAGAGGAAUUCACUAAAAAACACAGUGAAAAGCGGCCCACAGACUAAAGUAGCUAAUUGAAUCAUUGUUGUUUAGCUUGGAUUUGCAGCAGUGGAGCUAAACUGCCCUUUUUGUAGCAAUUUCUGAGAGUAAGUUAUUAAGGAUGCAUUUAUUUUUCCAAGACAGUAUUUAUAAGAUCUUCUGAAAUAGUAGAAAUGCACUGUCGUUUAUAAAUCCAGAUCAGUUCCAUUGCUGUAGGCUCCAACUAAUUUUGCAUUUGAUUUUACACUGGUACUAGCUUUUGAAUCACCUUGCUUGCAAUGCAAACAUAAGCACUUAUAAAGAAUUAGGUAAAUAGAAAUCGGAAAAUGUAAAAUGCUAAGUGCUUUAGAGAUUUUGGUAUUAAGUUGGGUAAAUAUUUUUUUAUUUAAUUUUACAGUCAGCACUUUAAAUCACAGAAAUCUCCAAAUUUAUUUAGUCUUGCAAAGGAAUUUAUUACCUGCUUAUGUUGUUCCUGAAGGAAGGUAGCUUUUAUCUAUGUAAUGUUGUAUGUAAACUAAUGCUAUGUAAAUAAAUGAAAAACCUGUGUUAGCAGAUCCCAAGCUAAGAGUUAACCUUUUGAACAAAUUGUCCAUAAAUCAGUUGUAAUUCCAUUAUAGUGUGCUUUUUUUUUAUUUAAACAGUAUAUUAAGAAGUAUGUGUCGUGAAUUUAAUAUCAACUGAAGAUGAAGAUUCUUUAAGGGUUGCCCAACAAGAGAAAGUGAUCAUGACCUUUGAUUGCAAUACAACAUCAUAUGAUUGAUCCCCAGGACACAAGACUAUACUUAUGUUUAAUUUUACUACAUGUCAAUGUUACUUGGUAACUUACUGUGUGCUGAACAGUUCAGUGCGAACUUUAAAAAUAUAUUUUUUUCGAAUUUA